AGGGCCCGCCAAGGAAGCAUAAAUUGACAGGUUUCUGGAAAACAAGUUCAUUUCUCGGUUGUGCUCCGUGUGAAGAUCACACCGGAUCGACUGGCACAACAUCUCCUAUCGGUGAUAUUCCCCGUGCCAAGUUGCAUAUUAAGAAUCUGACUGAGUUUCUUCCAAGUCGUGGCAUCAACGGACCGGUUCGCUCCGUUGGUAGCACAGUUCCAUAGACAUGGCGGCUGGCCUUCAGCAACUGUCUCUUUUGCUGGUCACGUGUCUUUGUUGCGCAGACGCACAAGGUACAACAGGAAGUCCGUCUGCUACCGACCUCGAUACUGAUACCACGCUGUCGAACACAGCCGAUGGGCCGACCACGCCGGCUGCAAUGGAGAUACCGUAUGCCUGUCCGACGCAGCGAAACACGUGGCACAGCUGCAGCAAAAUGAGAGGUUGCUUACAAAGAUCCUGGGAGCGGUUCUACUGUCAGUGUGAUCAUCUCUGCGUAACGUACGGCGACUGUUGCCCGGACUACGAGGAGUACUGCGGGGUCGGAACGUUCGGAAUCAGUGUGACAACGGUCGGAGUCGGUGUUAUCGACGGGGAUAGACGUUCAGGUAUCGAGAAUACAGCAGAAUACAUGAGGUGCAUCCAGACGGACGAGUUUGACCCUGAGGGAUCUAGACCCCGGUCUGGGUUCUGGCUUGUGGCUGUCUGUCCGCCGGACUGGACUGGGGCUGCCGCGGUCACUGAGCUGUGCGAGAAGACGGUCGGGAUGGACGGACUUGCUGCCGUACCGGUGACAGGAUUCGACAGACGACAUUACAGGAAUGUCUACUGCGCCAUGUGCCAUGGGCUACCUCACACUAAUGUCACCUUUUGGACCAUCUCCUAUGUAGACAAGACGAAGUCGUUUAAUAGCUUCAUUCCCAACCGCAUUGUCCUACAAAUUGCUAGAGGUCAGGUUCCAAGCGACGACUUCCAGAAAUUAUUCAGCCCUCCCAACUUCCAAGACGCAGAGUACUUAUCGUCCUUUAUGCUUCGAACAUGUCGUAUUUUGGACGCGAUUUCUUGUCCAAUCAGCGACCCCCGUGCGGUAGAGCUCUGCCAAAGACACUACGCGCCAAUCACUUGGAACGGGACGACCUACCGAAAUUUCGCUUGCGCUCGGUGCGACGACACACCUAUUCCUCCCACCGAUAUUCUUUCGACAUGGUGCACGCAAUCUCUUGAUGGUGGCAGGGGUGGCUCCAUGGCUACACUGCUGGUUUUCUCUGACAGAGACACUACCUGCACGCACCGUCAAAUCUACAAUCCUUUUUCGUCCUCCUGCCUAGACCUGAGUUGCCCUGAAGGCUUCGCGCUACGCGACGGCGGCGUGGGAUGCGCGAGAAUUCGCGAGACUGAGAAUGAAUCAACUGGCCUAAAGUCCAACGUCGAGGUCGCCCUCACCGUCAUGGUUAGUCUGGACAUGGAUACUGAAGCUCAACACACGAAUAGACUGAAUGAAAUUUGGGAAGAAGUUGCUCACCAAGCUGCUAAAGAUUAUCAGUCCACCACCUCCCUUUGCGAAUUGGACGAGGAAAUGACAGAGAACAAUCAGGUCGACCGAGACGAUGAAUUAUGUGACGACUUUAGCGUCCAGUGGUCAUGCACAAUGGACGUCGCCAUCCUGGAUUCUACACCCGGAUGUCUGUCAGGCAGUGUCUUAGCGUGCAGCAUCAACGUGUCUUUCAACAGUCUGUCGCCCUUAGUUGACCAUAUCAUUGCUCAGAACGAUGAACUUUCCAGCCAGUGCUUUGUCAGUCGAGUCGGGAACCACACCAUGCGACCUGAAUAUCUGGCAGUCUUAACUCCUUGCGACAAUCUGUCCAAUGAUACUGAAGAGGAGUCUAACUUUAACAACGCUUUCACUUUGAAAGUUGCGUACGUUCGGGACAAGGACUCGGGACACUUUGUGGUCUCGCAGAAUGAUUCCUGCGCGGAGUUGCUUGUCGACUGCCCUCUGUUGACAUUUUCAAAAGAUGAUUACGUCAUCACUGGCGCCCUCAACGACUCGAUUAGACUCACGGCGCACGACCGCCUGCUCCGUAGUGGCGAGUUUGAGAUAAAGUCCGAUGGGGAUGUAGAGGUGUGUAACUUUCUUCAACCCUCUGCCGACCCUCCUUACAUGAAGUUUGGCCCCGCCCAGGACAUUCUCACAGCCACCGGCAGUAGCUUGUCCCUGAUUGGUCUGGUUGUCACAAUCGCUACCUACGUCGCGUUCCCGUCUCUGCGUCGCAACGCGGCGGGUCGGGCACUCAUGAGUCUGGUGGCGGCGCUCUUUAUUGCCCAGUUAACAAUGCUCAUUGGUCUUGAUCGCACUGACGUCCCCACUCUCUGCGUCACAUUCGCGAUCAGUUCCCAUUACUUCUGGCUCGCCGCGUUCUUCUGGAUGAACAUCCUUGCCGUGGACAUCUACCGCACCUUCGGCAUCGGCACCAGCCUAAGUGACCCCAACAAAAGGUCAUUCUUUCGCUACGCCCUCUACGGCUGGGGCGCGCCAACCGUCAUCGUCGCCACCGUCGCCGUCUUGAGCUUCUGCGACUGCGUGGACGCCGACGUCUCCUACGGCACUGCGCGUGCGUGCUGGGUCGGCAACGGGACAGCCAAUCUGCUGUCCUUCGGCCUUCCGAUUGUUGUGAUUCUCUGCUCCAAUGCGGUCCUAUUUUCUCUGACCGUUGCGGGGGUCAAGAGGACGCGGAUGGCAUCCAAGCGGAUGAAUAUCACCCAGGGGCAGAGCGGUUUGGCGGCAAAAAGGCCUAACAACGACCUUUUCCUGUACCUGAAGCUAACAGCUAUCAUGGGUUUCACCUGGGUCUUCGGCUUCGUAGCCUCCUUCUCAGGCGUCGAGUUCUUCUGGUACCUCUACAUCGUCCUGAACUCCACCCAGGGGGCGCUCGUCUGCCUGGCCUUCGUCUGCAACCGGCGCGUGCUGGCCAUGUGGAGGGCGUGGCUUGACUCACGGCGCGGACGCCCUGGAGCGUCCGCGUCGGGUCGAGGUCAAAGGUCAUCCAAAUCGGCCGUGCCCCAACAGAGCCAAGCGGAGAGUGUAACCAAAGGCACAGAUAUGUAAAUAAAGGUACAAAGGAACAUCUGCUUUUGAUGCAUUUUCUUUUUCUUUCCGUUUCAAGCAACACAAUUGCUCAAAAUCUGAAGAAGGGUGCAUAGCAACUAACUUAUUGAAGUUUAUGCUCAAUGAAUACUCACUUUUGAGAAAACGGAGAAAAAUACGUUUGCGCAAUUUUUGGGACUCUUAACUGGAUGCUAACGGACGUAAAAAAUGUGCCCGCGGGCACAUUUUCUGAAACCAGAUUCAAUGAUUGUUUUCUUCCGAAUGAUACCAUUUCAGGCGGAAUAAUUUCACAGGGUAUUUGGUACCAGUCCUAUCUUCACAUGUCCUCGUUAAAUCGUUAGGUACGUUUGCGGAUAGUUGCAAAAUGUUCCUACGUGCUUUUAAUUACAAGACAAAAUGUUUGUCGCCCCUGCCCUUACAGUAGAUAACGCUUCGUGAUCUCUCGUUUAGAGCGCAGCGCGCAAAACUUAUUCCUCAUUUCCAAUGUGCUUAGUUCCGCCAAAUUCCGCCAAUAAUAAACCCAGCAUCAAUACACAAAAUAUUGUUUCUCGCACGUCCGCAGAAUGCGAUGCACUGCGCUGCAGGAUUCACAAGUCACAACUAGCACUUAACAUCUUUUGGGAGUCAAAAUUUGGACCCCCGAAUUUCUUUUUCUGAUGCUUCUCGCAAGAAUUAAAAAAACCGCCUGGUUUAAAAGCAUAGUUUGGUGGAAGUUUAUAUCCUACUUUUAAUUCUCUUUCCAAUUAAAGUCAUUUAAUUUUAAAUGCGUUUUAAAGCCGAAUUGGGCUUAUUCCAGCCGGCUUUUUCCAGUGAGUAAUAUCCCUUUAAAUGAGCACAUCGAUGUAAUUUAGAUUGUAUGAUAACUUUAGCAUGCAAAUGUGUAUGUAACGUUGAGUAUUAAACGAAACUAAAGGCUGAAUAUUUAAAUGAAUAGUUUAUUGUGGUGUUCUGAAACACAAGAUACCACCAGACUUAAGACAUUUUCCCAAGUACUCACUUUAAAUAUCAUAAUAUCAUAAAUAUCAUAAUUGCCUCAUACUACAUACAGCAGAUAACGCUUCGUGAUCUCUCGUUUAGAACGCAGCGCGCACAACUUAUACUUCAUUUCGAAUGUGCUCAGUUCCGCCAAAUUCCGCCAAUAAUAAACCCAACACCAAUACACAAAAUAUUGUUUCUCGCACGUCCGCAGAAUGCGAUGCACUGCGCGGCUGGAUUCACACAAAUAGCACUUAACAGCUUUUGGGAGUCAAACUUUGGACCCCCGAAUUUCUUUCUCUCACUUCUCGCAAGAAUAAAAAAACGCCUGGUUUAAAAUCAUAGUUUGGUGGAAGUUUAUAUCCUACUGUUAAUUCUCUUUCCAAUUAACGUCAUUUAGUUUAAAAUGCGUUUUAUAGCCGAAUUUGGCUUAUUCCAGCCGGCCUUUUCCAGUAAGUAAUAUCCCUUUAAAUGAGCACACCGAUGUAAUUUAGAUUGUAUGAUAACUUUAGCAUGCAAAUGUGUAUGUAACGUUGAGUAUUAAACGAAACUAAGGGCUGAAUAUUUAAAUGAAUAGUUUAUUGUGUUGUUCUGAAACACAAGAUACCACCAGACUUAAGACAUUUCCCCAAGUACUCACUGGAAGUAUCAUAAUUGUGUUCUAAAAAUUGUAUGGUGAGUAAUUGUUUGUGUGUGAUGAACCACAGAGGGCGGUAUACUACUGACAUGAGGGUAGAGCCGUGUCCAUAUGCAAAUGUUCGCAACACUGCACCAAUGCAAACGUUUCGAAUCUACUUGUGAAGUAUGCACGCGCAUGACUUAACAUCAACAAAUUGCAUAACUCUGUUUUAGCAUAUAAAAUGUUUUGUGAUGUGCAAUCUAAAUUAGGUUCUUGAAGGUAAAAUUUUCACAGUGUAGCCUAUUGAACCAGUUAUCAUAACACAAACACUGUUGUCAAGAACAUAUUUAUUGUCGAAUAAAAAAAAGCACAAAUGAAAUCGGAAAAAUUGA